CGCCCGCCCCGGCAGCGCUGGGCCUGACGGCGGCGGCGGCGGGACGAGGGAUGGGGGCCGCCCCCCGCCGCCACCAUGCUGCUGGGCAGGAAGCCGGAGGCGCCCCUCGGGGCAGCCAGGUUUGGAGACGGAUUAUAUGAUUCCUAUAUGAGGAUAGAUCAGAUCAGGUACCAAGAGUCUACAAAUGAAGAACAAAGCUCCUCAGGACUUCCUUCCCUUGGAAGAUCAAAUGUUUGUAGCAACAAACUUGCAAUGAAGGAUCACCCUCUGACUGGAAGUCAGGUCAAAGUGGAGCAAUUAUUCGAGGACUCUGGUAACAGAAGGAGUAGUGCUCUUCAGUCUGCAGGAAUUACUGGUUCAGAAAGAUCUCUUCCUUCCCUGGCAAAAGAUAAGAGUAUAGAGAGCUUAAGCACUUCUAAAGGUGGUGUUAGUUCCUCAAAAGCACACAAAGCCAUUUCCCAAGCUCCAGAGCAAGCUGUCAAACAGUACAAACAUCAAUUAUCUGCUUAUGAGCAACAAGAGAUAUUCAAUUUUUCCGAAAUUUACUUUGUGGGUCCAGCUGCGAAAAAGAGGCAAGGAGUAAUUGGUGGUCCCAACAAUGGAGGCUACGACGAUGACCAAGGCAGCUACAUUCACGUGCCCCACGACCAUCUUGCUUACAGGUAUGAAGUGCUCAAAAUCAUUGGCAAGGGCAGUUUUGGACAAGUUGCUAAAGUCUACGAUCACAAACUCCACCAACACUUAGCCUUAAAGAUGGUUCGCAAUGAGAAGAGAUUCCAUCGCCAAGCAGCGGAAGAAAUCCGGAUUCUGGAGCACCUGAAGAAGCAGGAUAAAACUGGCAGCAUGAAUGUUAUUCACAUGCUGGAGAGCUUCACCUUUCGGAACCACAUCUGUAUGACUUUUGAACUCUUGAGUAUGAACCUGUAUGAGCUGAUUAAAAGAAAUAAGUUUCAGGGCUUCAGCAUCCAGCUGGUACGCAAGUUUGCUCACUCGAUACUGCAGUGCUUGGAUGCUCUUUAUAGGAACAAAAUCAUACACUGUGACUUGAAGCCAGAAAAUAUCCUCCUAAAACAGCAAGGGAGGAGCGGAAUCAAGGUCAUAGAUUUUGGGUCCAGCUGUUUUGAGCACCAAAGAGUCUACACGUACAUUCAGUCUCGAUUUUAUCGAGCACCAGAGGUAAUCCUAGGAAGCCGCUAUGGGAUGCCCAUAGAUAUGUGGAGUUUUGGCUGUAUUCUGGUGGAGUUAUUGACUGGAUACCCUCUUUUUCCUGGAGAGGACGAGGGAGACCAACUGGCUUGUAUGAUGGAACUUCUGGGAAUGCCACCUCAGAAGCUUUUGGAUCAGUCCAAGCGAGCCAAGAACUUCAUCAACUCCAAGGGUCACCCUCGCUACUGCACUGUAACUACACAUGCAGACGGAAGAGUGACCCUUAACGGGAGUCGAUCGCGCAGGGGUAAAAUACGAGGUGCUCCAGGGAACAAGGACUGGGUGACAGCACUGAAAGGCUGCGACGAUCCCUUGUUCAUAGAGUUCUUGAAAGAAUGUCUCAGCUGGGACCCUUCGGCACGCAUGACUCCAAGUCAGGCUCUAAGGCACCCGUGGAUUUGUAAACGAACGCCCAAACCGCCCAGCACUGACAAAACCUCCAGUAAACGGAUAUCGAGCUACACAAGUUCUUUCACGGGAAUUGGUUCCAAGUUGCCUCCUGUAGUUGGGGUAGCGAACAAGCUGAGGGCGAAUUUAACGUCCGACUCCAGUGGCAGUAUACCUCUAUGUACUGUGCUGCCAAAGCUGGUCAGCUAAUAGCGGGCUCUGUAUCUCGGGAAUACAUACCUUGUAUUUUAAUCGUUUGUUAAUAACGCGUAAGGAAGUUAAAUGCAGAGGUUUUUAACGGAUUUACUUUUUAUUAGAGGAUGAAUCCUGAAUAUAAAAAGUUUAGUCAAAAUGUAAACUUUUAAAGGGCUAACUUUUAUCAAAUUGUUUCUCUCACAACAUGGUGCAUAUAACGCUCUGGAUAGGUCAGCUCCUCUGCUGAGUAAAAUGAGUUUGACGGAUGUGCUAUUUAAUAAUGCUGUUUUAGAAAUCAAACUUUCUUAUCAAGGCGGUUUAGAAGAUUAUUUUGCUUAAGACAGCAAGGGAAAAUAAUUUAAAAUGCAUAUUUUCAGUUAAUCCCCAAAUUAACUAUUUUUAUUUGGGGGAAUGUUUUUACAUCUGUUGUCAAAAGCACAAGUGCAUUAAUGUAAUGCGUUAAGAACUUGCUUGCAAAUGGCUAACUUAUGUUUGAAGAAUUUGAUUUCUCUGUGCUGCUUUUCCCCUAUCUAUUCUGACUGAGAUUUUUAAAAAUACCAUGGAUAUAGACAUCAAAAGAGUUUGGUGUUGAAAUUUUGUAGUCUGAUUUUUAAUUUUUUUUUUUCAGAAGAGCUUGGAAAUGGCACAGAGCACGGGAUAUGUCUAAAUAAAACUAAUUCCUGUGCACUUGCUAUCUCCCUUAAAAACAUAUGGAAAGCUGAUAAGGAAAUUCAAGUUCAAACUGGUCCAUCACAAGUGUGGACCAGUUUGUUCAGGCCUAACGAAUCAAUUAUAUGUUUUUUGGAGCUCAGAUUUAAAAAAUCAGUUCUGCCAGGUGUGUGUGUGUGUGGAUUUUGUGUGCGUGUGUUGUUUUUUUUUUUCUGUGUUGUUUCCAAAACAAAGAAUGUUGAACUUAAGGAACCAUCGAAUCUGGGGUCUGUUUUACACAGUUGAGAUUCUGAUCAUUUAAAAAAUGUCUUUGUUGUGUAGAGUGAAUUCCAUUGCAUUAGGUGGAGCUCUUUUAAUAAAAAAGCAAAGAUGCCGCCCUGGUCAGAUAAGGAAAAGAUUUGAAGGCCCAGGACUAUAACCAGAAAACGUGUGGGACAGGCCUAAGUGGAAGAGUGCUCUGAGAUCUCAGCAUAACCUAUAAAAUAUCAGGAACAACUGAUAAGGUGCAAAAGUUGGUGGAUCCAAAUCAAAGUACAUCAUGGGAUGAAUUGUUUUAUUUCUAAUCGUAUUCCUUCAGGUCUUUGAGAGAUGUUUCUGCAUGCUCGAGAUGUAUGAGCUUAUAUUUCCUUUAUCUUCCAAGAACACGAAAUGGUGGUGUGACCUGUAAUGACAACAGCACAACUUGUUCUGGUUGUUAGUACUUGGAGCCAUAUGGCCUGAGUCCAUUUACAAAAGCAUCUGAUCUCUUGCCAGGUGCCUGAACACAAUUUUAAAUACAAUUUAGAGCUCUUAUGAAGAGAGGUUUUUAAAUUUAAUGAGUUUCUCCGUAGCAGGUUUCUGAUGUUAAAACAAGGAGACUCUCAUUAUAUAAACAAAGGAAUUAUCGGGGUGAUUUUUAAGAUAAGGUGACCACAUGUUCAAUACGAGACCCUUCUUCUGAGAAGAUGGGGCUGCAUUUUCUGCUCUGCUCUGUUUUAAUUACAGCACUGGGAAAAUGCUGGAUGGAGGCUUUUGUGAAAAAGCCAAAAGACAGACCCAGAGCUCCAAACUGUCCCGGACUGCUGCUUAAACUGAGUUUCUCACGCAUUUAGUUUUCCCGAGUUCUUUUGUUUUGUGAGUAUGAAUGCAAUAAGCUUAGUAAUAAUAUGAAAAUAACAUAGUCUAGCCUUUAUCUGUGCAGCUACAAGUAAUACCAGUGUGUAUGCUAUGCUCAUGGCUCACUUCAUAAUAAUGCAGGACUGGUAUUUUUCAUUUGGCUCAGCUGAGUGAAGUUUUAUUUGAAUGGAGAAUCAGGAAAACAGGGAGGGAAGUGGCAGACUAGAUCACCAAUUUUAGCAGAAUCUCUAAAAAUGGGGCAGGUUUUUUCAAAGCCAGAAAUAUUAUUCUUCCUUCUCUGCCCUUUCUUAUAGGCAUUUUUUAACUUUUUUUUUUUUUCUAAUGUACCUGGGGAGUGAGGAGCAAUAACUUCGUAAGAAAGAAGGGUAGAAAGAGAGCACUUUAUAUAGAAAAACUAUGAGGUGAUGGUAGUGUUUGGAACCUGGAGGAAGGCGGGAGAGCGUUCGUGUGCUAGGAGCUGUGCAAAGAGAAGGCAAAAUAGCCCUUCUCCAGAAAUAGCAGGUAGUGUCUUGGUUCUAGGGCAUUUUCAUCUCUAAAAUGCCAGAUGUAGAAUGAUUAGAUCUGGUUACCAUGAGGUAACUUCCAAUGUCACAGCCCCUAGUAUACGUACAGUGCUCUCACUUAAGGCUUGUGCUGUGAAACUACAAAUAUAAUAAUUAUUUGGCAGGAAUAUGGCUUGUUUUACCUAAACAAUGUGUUCACCUUGACCUGAUCAAACAAGGUGCUCUUUGAGUUGUGUAUGUUUAAGAAUCAGUCUUACUUACCUGGGACUGUUCCUAUAGUUUAAAAUCAGGUACUUAGCUAACUGUCUUGCUAGUCUGAGGCUCUUGCCUGCACAGCCCUAGUAGAUGAGAAGCAACAAGAAGCAACUUCAGAAGAUUUUUGCUGUAUUGAGAAGUGGUUUCUUCAUCACCCAGGGAAUACAGCUAAGGAUAUUUUUGAGCUUGUUUCCAUUUACUAAGCCCCCAUUUUCUUUAUAAAAUACUUGAUUUCGAAGAAGCGUGACACACUAUUCCCAAAGUGGGAGGGCCCUUCAAGUUAGCUAACAGAUUUUGUGUCUGGGAGAGAGCUGAGUUGUCAUCCUCCUAAACACAUCACCUGGUGAGUUAGCACAGGAGGUGCACGCAGCCACGGGGCCGGAACAGAGGCUGUGCUGCUCAACAGCGGCAGCUGUAAAUUGCAGAUGCACUCGCAGUGGCUGUCUUCACUGAGAUACAGUCAAGUCUCAAAUUCACACUGAUUUCACAAAUUCUCACGAAUUUUUGGAAAGCUGAACACUAAUGAGGUCUGAAAUCGCAAGAAGUUCAUCACUUUAAUCGUUUGCGAUACUUGUUAGGAUGUUGAAUUAAUAUAAUACGAAACUUGUCUAAACAGAAUAACAGAACAGCGUUGAUUUCUGAGGUACCUCUUUGUUUUGCAAGGUUGUUAAUCUGCCAGCACUAGUGAGGUUCCACUGGAACCUCAAUCAUGCUCUUCUAGAAAGUUAGCACAAAACAAAUGCAAUUUACUUGAGUUUAUAACAGACAUCACAUUUCUAAGAAUUUUAAUGAAGUCACACAAACUUGUUUUGAAAUGCUCCUUAUAAUGUUUCCUCUGUUUGACUGCACAUAUCGUUAGUCUCUGUGUUGUAAAUAACAUGCUCUGUUUAUUGUUUGCAUUUUAGCUGUUUGUUUUAGCAAUAUUUUAUAUAAACAAGUGACAAGGCAUGAGCAUCGCAUCCGACAGAUACACGUUGCUUUUACACUGGGGUCCAAAUAUCUUACGACUGUCCUAGUUGCAAGGAGAAACUUUGUUUUCGUGUGAACUCAGCGGGACAGUAACGUAUUCACUGUGGAACAUGGUACUACAAACACACCAAACCGGGCUGCAUUCAGUUCUGCACAGGUCUGAUCAUACUGAUGGGAGCUUGUUUCACACCAGGGAUCUGAGUACGGAGGUUGUCUGCGUACAACAGGUACUCUUUGCCAGAGGUUUUUAUCCAUCCUACCCAGUUUGAAUGGGGUUUCUAGUUCAGAACAAGCUAAUCCAAACGUUUUAAGGCAGAUUUUAUGGGUAUGUUACGCAGUCUGAGCUUGUUUACAGUAGUUGUGACCUGUGAGGACUUCCAUGCAGUUGGAAGCUUUUAAAGGUAGGAAUUUAUUAAUAGAGGUUCUUUGCAAUGGUCAUCCUCUUCGAAACUACCUCUGAAAUAAACCUAGGGUCCUUUUUAAAGGGGUAUUCACUGCAGGCUACAGCCCUCUCUUUCUUUUUUUAAUACUGAUAGCUGUUUUGGCUGCCAAACAUAUACAUGAUGAUCUCAGCAAUGUCUUACUAAUCCUCGCCACACAAGGAAAAGGCUGAUUCUGCACCCAGAGAUCUGUGCUGAAAUGAUUGAUACAAAUCCCCUGCCUGCCAAAGUUUAAUACUGUUGUGGAAGGGAACAGCCAAAAUAACAUGGGAAGGUCUGCAGUACUUCUGUGCAGUACCCAGCUGAGAUUCAAAACAAACCACAUUGAAAAAACUUUUCCUUAAUAGAAAAACUUGCAACUUUUUCAUGCCUUGAGCACUCGGAGUUGUGGGUACCCAGCAGUUUUGAAAACUGGACGUCGUGGUUUUAUAUGGAGAGUAUAACAAAGAUACCACUUCUUCUUUUUUUUUUUUUUUUUAUUAAUUUGAUACGGGUUUGGGGAAAUGUAUACACUUCAUCCUUCACAUAAAAGAGCCCUUGAGUGUUCUAAAACUCCACUAAUAGCUUUUUAACUCCCACUGUCACUUGUAAAACCCUUGGGGUGUCAGAGCAGUCUUGCAUAGGUGAACAUCGUCGCUGCCUUCAGAGGGUGCAGUGACUUAAUCCAAACACAGUUCUUGCAGACUGGCUAACGAGGUCGGUAAGUCUGUGUCACUAAGAGAAUAACCCGUGUUCCCUAUACAUAGUACUGUGCCUUAUUAUUUUACCAGCCUACAUCUGUCUUGGUGCAAUCAAAUGACUAUUCAGGGUUUCUUAAACAUUGCAGAUGUUCACACUCAAUGUCAAUACAUCUAAAGAAUUUACAGGUUAGCCUUUUUAUUAUAAAUAUUGUGAAGAGAUGUAAUAAGGUGGAAAUGUAGAAAACACUUAAGGUGCAUGUGAAUAUAACUCUCUCUGUGAAGGAACACUUUUGAAAUAAGUCAGUCUCAAACUGUGUAUCUAAAUGUAAUGGACAGAUAUUUCCUAAAGUUGUACUUUGGUUCAUUUUUAAAAGAAAAUAAAUACAUAAUUUUCUUCAGCA